GUUUACUUGUUGUAAAAGGGGCCUAGUUUGUUUUGGUCUGACAAAGCUAUUUUCAACUUUAUCAACGUGUUCUUUAGUCUUCCCUGAAGUAAAGGGUCUUCUGAAAUGACUUGUUCUGGUCUCGAUAAAGCUAAGAAUUUUCAGAACACCUAUUUGUUGAAAAAAGAAAUUUGCAGACAUGGAUGAUAGUACACGUUUAAGAUCUACUGCCAAAGAGGGCUCCUCGCAGGAGAACGAUCCAACAUCUCAGAUGUCGUCGGAAUCUUUGCCCACCCAGUCAGACACAAAGACUUAUAACGACAUGUCCUUCUCCAACAACGAGGACAGCAAGAAGGAGUCGGCGGAGGUGUCUCAAGCGGCGACUGUUCGUAUAGCCGGCUACUCUUUUAACAAGAUUGUUCUUGUGGCCCAUGUGAAUAUAUUUCUGUACUCGACCUGCUUCUGGAUUCAGAAUGCUGUCUUCCCGUAUCUGUCUAAACGUCUGGGAGCAGACCCCGUGAUUUUCGGCUACCUCCAGACGACAUUCGCUGUGGUCCAGUUGGCGGGCAGUCCACUGUUUGGCCGUUUUGGCGAUCUGUUUGGAAGUCGCGUGGCCAUGAUCCUGGCCUACCUUUCAGCGGCCAGUUCGUACUUCCUGCUCUAUCUGUCAUCCAACAUGACUCUUCUGUUUAUAUCGAGGUUGCCAUCAGUAUUCAUGCACGCUAUGCAAGGUGGUCAGAUGAUCGUCACCGACGUCUGCAAUCCCAAAGAAAGAGCGGCAGCCCUGGGAAAGCUUGGCCUGUCCUAUGGCAUAGGGAUGGUGGUGGGGCCCAUCGCCGGUGGGCUGGUGUCCAAGUUUUUUAGCCUGGAGACAGGGGCGCUGUUGGCGUGUUUUGGCUCUCUGCUCAGCGUUCUCCUCAUCGUCACUUUCGUACCCGCUCAAGUGAAGAAAGUGCAGAAGCCAGGUGCAGGUGAAACUGUGUUCAGCCUCAACAAGAUUGGCCAGCUGUUGGCCGCCCCUGGGGCCCUUUUCCUCAUGGUGAUCAAGCUGGGCACAGGUAUACCCAUCGGAAUUUUCCAGAGUAUGUUUACUAUCAUCACUUUGGAAAUCUUCAAACUGCCUCCAGAACAAAACAGUGCCCUCAUGUCUUAUGUUGGAGUCAUGGGCAUGAUUGUUCAAGGUGUUGGUGUAAGUUACGCCGCUAAAGCUUUCUCUGAGCACACUUUGCUGAUGGGGUCUGCUGGGAUCCUGGCUAUUUCCUACCUCUUGCUGGCGUAUGCGUCCAGCAUCUUCCAGAUGUGUAUUAUCUUUGUGCCCCUCAUCACCGGUCUCACCUUCCAGAACAUUGUGACCACGAGUGCCUUAACCCACACUGUCCCAGACUCUGACACAGGAGCGAUGCUGGGCCUGAGCAUGGCGGUGAACUCUUUGAUACGUUCCAUCUCGCCCACGGCGGGGGGCUACAUGCUGGAAAACCUAGGCUUUGAGUCGUUUGGCUGGCUGGGCUUUUUCCUGAGUGCUGCUGUGACGGUGGUACUCUUCUUGAGGCAACAGAGGAGCGAGUGACGGAAGCUGACGUGUCACCAAUAUAUAUAUAUAUUUAUAUAUAUAUUUAAUAAUAAAAUUAAAUUAUUAUUAAUUUUAUUGUUAUAUUUAAUGCUACUGUAGGAGGGUGUGUUGUGCAUUGCAAAAGAAGAAAUGGGAUGCAACUUUGAUCUGGGAUCUUUUCUUUCAGCUUUUUGGUCUGAUUUUGACUUUUUUUAAAACUUGUAGUAAAGAAUUUGUUAUGAUUACAAAUAAAAUUCAUGGUGUAACCAAAGGGGAAUAAAGGAAAUUUUUCCAGCAUUCCGAUAAAGGUAUGUGUGUGUAUAUGGGAAGUUUCUGGCUAUCUACAGCAUUACAUCUGAUGAGGUAUUCAAUUGGGACGCUGUGUAACGUGGUUUUGUCGUAGGGUUAUUCCACGGUAACUAACGGGACGUUUGGACUAUACUUUCUCACAAUGAUAACAGUGUAAUUCAGAAUCUAUUAAUUUAUAUAUCGACUUUAAAUGAUCAGAUCAUUCGAAAGACAUAUUAAGAAUCGUAUUAAAUGAAUGCAGUCGUUUAGAACAAAAAAGUACUUUAUGCUAAUUCUGUGACGUAUUUAGUUUCGGUAACUGAGGGGACAGAAAACAAUAGCCCCAUUCGUCCAGUCAGUACAGAAAGUCCAGGAGAAGUGAAUGACUCUCUGCUGUGGCUCUCAAUCUGUGUAUGUUGCGAACUGCAAAAGUUUUGAAAGUUGAAUGUCUUCUUAUGGCACAUGGGCUGCUUAUUGUGACUAUGGACAAGUUUUGAGAGAAUUUAUACUUUUAUAAUCAUGGCCGUAUUAUCCUGUAUUUUGUUCCUACCAGGCAAUAUACUUCAUUUGUGAUAGCGCUGUGAUUUUAGUACAAUAAUACAGAAGAUACUGUUUUUGAAAAUGCUUUUAAUUAAUAAAAGAACCAGUAUGAAACAUUUUUAUUGGUAGAAACAUUUUUAUUUGGAAAAAUUAAUGAUUUAUAUAAUUUCAUAAUUAUAAUUAUAAUUUGUAUGUUGUGUGUGUUCACUCAGUGCAGAACAGGUUGUUUAGAACUAUCCUUUCUCUGCUGUAAGGAAGGCUGCUUUCAACACAGCUGAGACUGAGAGGUGAGCUUUUAACUCUCUGCCACCUUAUCUCGUGGAUUGGCGACGUUUACCACCUCCCAGUUUCUUUAGAUUUUCCCCAAAAUAUGAUGGCAAAGUGUUAAAGUUGGUUGGCCCAAAAGAAAAUACCAAAUUUUUUAACUUUGUUAAAAUGAUCCUUUAGAUUUUGUUGAUUAUGUGAUGAUAUGCUGUUGCUUGUUUUUGUAAUUGACAUUUUUUAAAAAUAUGUGAGUGACAGAAGUGUUCACCUAUCAGUUUUAUUUCUGGUCAUAAAAUAUUUGGCAAAUUAUAUUUUUAAUGCAUAUUUCUGUGAUCUGUAUUAUUCAUAUAUUCAGUUUGUUUAUAUGUAUUCAGUUUCUCAGGGGAGAAACGUAGAGGGUGUACUGCUCUGUGAACUUCUGUGAAAUAAUUUUUUUUACCAAGAUCACAUUCAUAAUAAUCAUGUCUUUCUAUUGAUCA